ACCCUUAGCUAUAAAAAGGGUUCUCAUCUUUCCAAGAACUUCAUCCACAGCAAGAUCUAAAAAAUCACCAAAGCCAAGAACCAAAAAAAAAAUGGCCAAGAAAAUGAUGGCAGUGUUUUUGAUGUGCAUUGUGGUGGUAGCCACUUUGCAAUUUGCCACUGCCAAUAAGGAGGAUGAAGUGGCCAAUUAUGAAGCCAAAUUUGAUGCCAAAUACAAGGCUUGUUUUGUGAUCUGUGAGAAAGAAUGCGUUGAACGCGGCGGCGGCCAUAGCUACUGUGAAGUUAAAUGCGACGAAGAUUGUGGUGCAAAAGAAGCUGCCGAUAAGUUGGGUAUCAUAUUGCAUUGAAUAAUGUGGACAAAAAGGAAAGAAGAGCUCUUGCGAAGGAUCAAGUGUAGUAAUUAAUAUUAUAUCAAAAUCAAACUUGUAAUGUGAUUUUAAUAUUGGGAUUUAUAAAGUUUUUGGCCUUUGGUGUUAUUGAUA